AUGGCAACUACUAUUUCCUCUCACCUUAGGAUUCCAGUACCUCAGCCCGCUAAUCAGUUCGACUCCAGUACUCCAGGCCUCUCUAGAAAACGCUCGCUGUCAGAAUUAUAUUACAGCAGCUACGGGGAGUCAGAAGGCACUCCCACACCCAAGACACGCAAGGCACGGCGCGCUUGCUCAAGACCUGGCUUCAGCUCUGAUCCAAGUAGCCCAACUUUUUACAGCACACAUCCGUCAGCCCAAGUACCUCGGGAGUCUAGUAUGGAGAACUCAGGGGACGAGUCGGACGAUGUGUACGAUCAAUUCGAUCUUGGAGACUUCACGAAGGAGGAGAUUAAAAGAUACGAGGCGAUGGUAGGCGCGGGAGAAAGACUUCGAGAUGCUGCGCCACCGGAGCAGUCGUUUGCUGAAAUGCGAGAGACCUCGUACCAAGCCAGCCUCAUUUCUUCUGGCCGAGAUACCGAAGGCAGCACAUCCGUCACAGUACUUCCUCGUGAGCUGUAUGAGUUAGUCAGGGCGGGUAUUUCAAAUGCAAUUGAACAUGCCAUGUCGGAAAAGGUUAUCACGUAUUAUGAUGCUCCGGGCCUGGAAACAAUUUUUAUGGACGAAAUUUCCGCACCCGCUCCGCAGAUUCGUCAAUUCAUUCGAGAUCAUAUAUUCGUCACGUUAUCGUGCCAAUCCCCAAAUUCGUUUCGGAGGCAAGAGCUACGAAAAGGCUGUCAUCCAUCGGGAUCUCUAAAAUCUGCGCAGAGGCAAUAUGAGCAAGAUGUGUACGACGUGGCUCGUAAUUUGGGCCUUUCCAUGGACGAAACAGAAGAAUGGGUGCUCGAAGCCAGGGAGUUUUGCAGUGAGAAGGACUAUGCUAGCAUGAAUACUGAAGAGAGCGAUGGGGUUGAUGGUUCUGAUGAAAUCAUGUACCAACCUUACAUAUCAUCAUUAACGGAGCGAUCUGCGUUGCCUUUACCUCUGGUCGAGGACUUUCACAAGGCGCUGAAAACCCCCACCCAAGCUGAAGAAAAAAUCACCAAUAGCGAAGACGAGACCGAAAAGAACAAACAACUUCUUAGGGAAAGCAACUCUGAAGGGGCAAAGCAGGUUCAACGCUACCUUCAACUUUUGAAGAAUUUCGGCCAUCACUCUGCAUAUGACGGUAUUAUGCUCAGACUCCAAUUCCUCGGUGAUGAACCUCUGAUCGACAACAUUGCCGGUUUACGUGAGGAGAUCGAUAAAAUGGAAGCAGUGGGUAAGACGAAGGAAGAAAAGGCUGCCAGAAAAGAUGCCAAGAGAGCCCGUAAAGCAGAGGUCCAAGCGCAGAAUAGAGCAAAUCGGCAGGCUGAGAAAAAGGAAAGCCAAGAGGGCAACGACUAUGAAGCAGGAAGGCCCGAGGAGCAAGGAUCUUUGACAAGCAACUCCGAGCGGCGACCCAAUGUCCAGCCUCUCGAAGACCAGGACAAGCCUCUGAAACGGAAGAAAAGAGGGAGCAAGCGCAAGAGCGAACUUGAGCUUCCCGUUCAUUGCGAGGUACCCUCCAAAGGCCAUCACAAGCACGAAAAGGGCAAAGUGGAUAGGGACGCACGAGACGCUAAUUCCGAGAAAACCAGGAGCAAGACAGGUGUGGGGUCUCAGCACUCGCCCUUUUUUCAACGGAGCAGCGGUCCCAAAGCAAAGAAGAAAGACGCCUUCAAGAAGGCCGAGCAACUAACGGGUUUUCAACCUCCGAUGAUACAGUAA